AAUAUCUACUCAUUUCGAGACAAAUAAUGGGCAGCAGGAUAAAAAUGCCCGGCUCUACUACGGGCUUGCUCAAUCCGCGGGCGAAUAUUUCGAAUGAAAUAGAAUUACCGAUUGAUAUGCGCUUCAACGAAGGCCACGUUGUUAGUAUUGUCUUCUACAGCGUGUUAAUGAUAAUAUCUGCAAUCGGAAACACCACGAUAUUAGUAUUAAUUAUGCGCCGCAAACGUGUAUCCAAAUCGAGGAUACAUACGAUGUUAAUGCAUCUUGCGAUCGCUGAUCUACUUGUAACUUUCUUAAUGAUGCCACUCGAGAUUGGUUGGGCAGCCACCGUCUCCUGGAGAGCAGGAGACGCCAUGUGCCGAAUAAUGGCUUUCUUCAGGAUGUUCGGCCUGUACUUAUCAUCUUUCAUCCUGGUAUGCAUAAGUAUGGACAGAUAUUACGCAAUAAUAAAGCCACUGCAAUUGUGGGACGUUGACAGAAGAGGGAAGAUCAUGCUAAGCUUUGCUUGGAUCGGCUCCGUUGUGUGUUCAAUGCCUCAGUGCGUCACUUUCAAUACUUUCCCAACGUGUACACACGAAAUAACUUAUUCCCUCUUUGGAAUGAUCAUGAUGUACUGGUUCCCCCUCGUCGUAAUAAUAUAUACCUACACGAACAUUCUACUGGAGAUAUGCAAAAGAUCGAAAAAGAGCGAAGAUGGUAUUGGAUCGAUCGGAACUCAGCGUAUAAAGUCGAUCAACGAAUCCAGAAAGGACUCUUUCUAUUCGCAUGUACGAAUUCCUGCAUGAAUCCUAUUGUCUAUGGUGCGUUUAAUAUUCGAGAUUGUAACAAGGUAAAUAUUUCCUUUACUUCUUCUUCUAUCUAGCAACUACUAUUUUAUUAAGUAUACAUUAUCUGAUCCAAUGUUAUUUCAGACAUCCGUGAGGCCAACUACUAUAGAAACUCGAGUUACUCCAUUGUCAUUGUCACUUAAGCUUCUUGAU